AUGUUUUUAAGAAUUGCUACAACAUUCUUUAGACAACCUUUAUUGAAGAAUCAAUUAAGGUAUACCUUAUUAAUGUAGACUCCAAUGUUAUCUAUAUUAACAAAUCAUAAAUUAUUGAUUCAAAAUCUAUCCUAUCUGUAAAGUUAAUUUUAUUAGAUGGAGGAGUGUAAUGACGAAUUGGAAUUAUUGUAAAUGAAAUUCAAUUUAUAAUAGAUAGGAAGAAGUUCCAGUAGGCAGAAUGCAGUGAGACGACUCUAAAACAUCCAUAGAUAUAGUGA